CGGCGGUGAAUACUUGACAUUCGAAUGGCUUGGUGGAACUAGCAGUCAGCAGCAGCGUAUAUCAGGUCUUUCGAAUCAAUGGAUUCAUGAAAUUAUCUUAGGGAGGUAGUUACUUAUUUAUACAAUGCGCUAGCCUCCAUAGAAUUUAUGAUGUUUUGUUAACACUUUCCAUGAGUGAAAAAAAAUUGGCCUACAUUUUAAUUUUAAUUGUUAAUUUAAGUCAACAUAAAAAUAAAGAAAAACAACAAUGAUUACAAUGGAAGGUACUGUGGACACCGCACCAACUUUGACAUUUUCGGACAUGGGACUCCCACCAGUCACCAAACAACCAGUCAACACGCCCUUUGGAAAGGCAAGUCCUAGUCAUCGCUAACUUAACUUAUAUUUUUAAUUUAGUGUAUAAAUUAAAAGGUCAAAGGCCUAUCGCUUUAAAUACGUAUAGACCUAUAACUAUAGUUAGUAUAAUUAUUAUUUUAGAAAUUGAUGAAGCUCAUUCUUAUGCAAUUCACUCUAUUGAUAUUGUAUUAAUUAAUGAUAAUGGAUAGCAUUGUCAUUGAUGAUUGGUGAUAGUAAAUGAUGGAUUACUGAUUACUAAUCAGAUUCAUCAUCAUGUCCCUUAGUCCUUGGACCGUUGGGACGCCACAGAUGACGUGAAUUAUCCUCUCCAUUCGUCUCUGUCUUCUGCACUACGCACAGCAUCGCCCAGUGUUAGUCCUGUCCAGUCUUUGAUGUUAUCCUCCCAUCUUUUUCUUUGUCUUCCUCUUCUUCUCCCUCCUCGUGUGGUGCCCAGCAAUAUUUCUUUGGCAAGCCCUUGUUUCCUUGUUACAGAUUAGGUUUAUAAAUUUAAGAAGAAAAAAAAUUUAAACUAUUUUUUAGUCACCGUUUUAUAGAUAAGCACUUUCAUAUAAUAUAAGCAUUUAUACUACUAGUGCUAGAUCAGAUGGAAUCACCCACAACCAAAUUGACCAUGUUCUAAUCGAUCAGAGGGAUGGAUUAGAUAUACUAGAUGUAAGAAACUAUUGAGUAGCAGAUGCAGACUCUGACAUCUACUUGAAAGGGUUAAAUAAAAGAACAGAAUAAGCGUAAUUCACAAUGGCCAUAAUCAAAGAGAGAAACAACAUGAUUAAUUAAAGUUAAACCUUACCAAAAUUAAGUAGACGCACAGCGAGAAGCAUCACAGGUGGAAGUGAACUGGGAAAACAACAUAAAUGAACAGUGGGAUAGGAUAAAAAGUGCUAUGAAAAAUCAGCUGAAAAAGAAGUAGGAUUCCAGCAGACUGAGGAUAGAGUCGGCUGGUUUGAUGAUGUAUAAUAAUAAUAAUAAUAAUAAUAAAGUUCAUUUAAAAAAACACGCUUCAUCCCCAAAGGCUCGAAGCGCUGUACAAAGUCAACAAAAAACAUAUCUAUAAUUCACCACAUUUAAAACAUACACAACACUACAAAAACUAAUUACAAGCAUACAAUAUCAAAGUCUUUCUAGCCAUUUCAACCCGGAGCAACACAGCAACACAUGGAAAAUAAGGUAGACAAUCAUCCCAGAGAGACUGUCAAAUAAAAGAACAAAACAGGAAUGAUCAUGAUUUAAAGGGAAAUCAGAAAGAUAAUACAAAUAAAUAAGUACAAGGAAGCAAGAAGAAAAGCCACAAAAAUGGGUAGGAAGAAAAAGAGGGGAUGGGAAAAAGCUAAGCUAAAAGAAAUAGAAGACAUAUCAAGAAAGGUAAAUAUCAAAGAAAUGCACAUUACGAUAAAAGAUGAAAAGAAUGGAUUACCAAUCCAGAUGUCAAAUGUGUAAGAGCCAGGAUAGAGAAUUAAUUCUAGAAAGUAGUAAAGUACUAGAGAGGUGGGCUGAAUAUUUUGAGGACAUACUGAAUGCAGACAAUAGACAAGAUGAAGAUUAUCAACCACUACAUGGAGGACCAGACCCUUUUAUAAACUCCCCCAAGUCUAGAAGAAAAAACUACAGAAAUAAUCAAUUAUAGAAAAAAAACACAAAGCCCCUGGAGAAGACCUCAUCACAGCGGAACUUAUAAAUGUGGAGGAGGAGAACUACAGACACAUAAACGCCAUCAAAAUGUAGGCAAACUCAUACAUCAAUCAUACAACAGAAGUUCCGCAGACACCUGAGCGUUUCUUUGGCCUCUUUUUUUAUCCUCCCAGUGGCCGCAGUGAUAAUUCCAUGUAGUUGUGUAGUAAUGUUACCAAGCAGCUGUAGCUUAAUUUCAACAAGAUAGGCCUAUUUGUUAUAGGCCUUGUGAAUUAUCUUAGCCAAAAGAUUAAAAUCUAAGUGAGAUGCACUGUUAAUUCCCUCAGAAAAAGAAAACACUGCUAAUAAAAAUUGUUGCUACUCUUUUUUUUCUUUCUUUUUUUUGUAGUGAUCGUGAUCAUAAGUCAUAUUUUAUAAAGUAUUGUUGAAGUUAUCAUGGUCAUAAGUCAUAUUUUAUAAUGCAUUGUUGUAGUGAUCAUGGUCAUAUUGUUGUAGUGAUCGUAGUCAUAAGUCAUAUUUUAUAAUGCAUUGUUGUAGUGAUUAUGGUCAUAUUGUUGUAGUGAUCGUAGUCAUAAGUCAUAUUUUAUAAAGCAUUUUUCUUCUAACAGAUACAGAGUUGUAAAGAUCUGACGAAACUUGAAGUAACUUUUCUUUUUCUCAUGCUGAUUUCCAUCAUUACUGCCACUGGCUUCACAAUUAACAGACUGUCUACUGUGGAGAAAGGGCAUCCUGACAUCACUUUUGGAAUAUUACUUUUAGUUAAUGCGGGUAGGUCAGGCGACACGUUACACCUUAUGUGCUUUGAUGUUAAGUAGGACUGCGGGGAAGAAGAUGUUUUUUUAAUAAAUCUGGCUAAAGCUGUACCAAUCCUUACUUUGACUUACGACAUCACAUAUGUUACCUUGUAUUGCACAAUGUUGCCCUUAAAUAAACAGUAAACAAUUGUUUUAUCCACGUGUUUAAUUUAAAACAAUUAACAAGCUCAAGGAUAAAAUCCUCAGUGGGUGGCUUGAACAUAAUGGGCUAGUGUUAAUUGGUUGACUCAUGGAGCAUAGAUAUUUUGUGGCCUGACAAUAAUGGGCUUAGUGACAAAUGGCUGACACAUGCAGCAUAGAUAAAUUACAACAAGGGACAUUGCACUUCAAAACUAUAAAACAGUUUUUAUAAUCAUUGUUCAACUGAAUUCUAGGCUACUUCAUAUUUUUGUUUGUUUAGGCUUGAGAAAGAAACAUCAUUAAAUAUCCUAUCUAAUUAACUACAUCUGGUCACUCUUGAACGAAAAGCUUUUAUCUGAACUUUAAUUAAACUCAAUGCACUCCAUCUACAGUUUUCUCUGUCUGGUUCUUGUUGGAAGGGAUCUUCAGAGAGAGGCCCUCAGAAAUCCUGAUACUGACUAUUGCUAUAGAUACUGUCAUGGUUUACCUCAUCUGUAAUUUUGCAAUGGGCACACAAAAUGAGAUCAAGCUGGUAAGAAAGAUGGCAUUAAUGAUAUAAUCUAAUGGCAUUAAUGAUAUAAUCUAUUAAAAAAAGGAAUGAUGUCAAAUUAAUGAUAUAAUGUACUAAAAUUAUGAAUGAUGGCAUUAGUGAUAUAAUCUAAUGAUAUUAAUAUAAUCUACUAAAAAAUAUGAAAGAUGGCUUUAAUGAUAUAAUCUAUUAAAAAAUAUGAAAGAUGGCUUUAAUGAUAUAAUCUACUAAAAAUAUGAAAGAUGGCUUUAAUGAUAUAAUCUACUAAAAAUAUGAAAGAUGGCUUUAAUGAUAUAAUCUAUUAAAAAAUAUGAAAGAUGGCUUUAAUGAUAUAAUCUACUAAAAAAUAUGAAAGAUGGCUUUAAUGAUAUAAUCUAUUAAAAAAUAUGAAUGAUGCCAUUAGUGAUAUAAUCUACUAAAAAUAUGAAAGAUGGCUUUAAUGAUGUAAUCUAUUAAAAUAUGAAUGAUGGCAUUAGUGAUAUAAUCUAUUAAAAUAUGAAUGAUGGCAUUAGUGAUAUAAUGUACUAAAAUAUGAAAGAUGGCAUUAACGAAAUAAUAUAUUAGUUAAUAAGAAAGACUGCCAUAAUAUAAAAAAUAAGGAUAAUCAAAAAAUCAAAAGUGUAAAAGAAAUAGAAAGACGGGACUAAUAGAUAAUCUAAAUAGUCAUAACAAGGAUGUUCUCUAUGAAAUAUCUCAAUAAUAUGAAAAAAUGAUAAUGAUAAAAAUUCAGCUUAUAAUUAAAUAUACAAGAAGUAGAUUUAGCUACAGUAAAUUUUAUUAUUUUAUUGUAUCGCGAGACUGAGAUAUAAAGAAACCCCAGUAAUUUCAUCUUGUAAAAAAGUUUAAAGGGAUUUCAUUUUUGAAGUUUUAGUAUAAGAAUCAACAGUACUCCAUGGUAGCAAAUGAUACUGUCGUGCAAGAAUAAUUGACAAAUCAGUUUAAAGAAUUUGACAUGUAAUCUUGUGAUACUUUUAGGUGCUGGAAAUAGAAACAUUCCAUUUCACAUAUUAUUCCUGCCAGUUAAAAGUUUGUUUUUUUACGCUAAUAUAAAAUUUUUUACCAAAAAAUAAUUGGGUCAUCAUCUCAUUUAACUCUUUCCAUGCCGGGGGUUUUCCCACAUUUGUGCCUUACCAGUUUUCGGCCAAUGGAAAUUUUUUAGGGUGCUCUUAUCUAUUAAUUAUUUUUUUUAAAAUACAUUUCUUUUAGCAAGAUCGCGGUAUUUCAUAUCUAAUUAAAGGAAAUAAGCAGAGAAUAAAAUAUUAUUAGUGGGGGUUGUUUUAUAUGUAACAUAAAACAAUAUGACAACAAUAGUUUAAAUUUUUCUGGUAACAUUAUGAGAUCAACUUUUUAUUUUUUUUAAAUGCGCACCAAAUUGAACUUACCAGACUACCAUAUGGUCUGUAUAUCUGGUAUCCUAUUCUUCAAUCCUCAGAAAGUAUGUCCAUUUUUUAUCAUAAUGCAUUUCACAUUUUGAAAAUAGUCAAUUUAGUGACAGAGUUAUACACAUUUUGUUAUGUUAGGAGAAGUAUUAUCUUAAUCCCCACUGUUGCCAUAGUAACAAAGUGGUUUUGAAAAAAAGAAAUCAUAACUUUUGAACCACUGUAUACAUCCAUGGCAUCUUUAUAUUUUUUUUAAUUUUUUAAAAUUAUAAUGAAAGUGCAGACAGUCACCACUAUCACUAUCACUAUCGCCAUUCUAUUACUAUUUCAUUCCAUUUGGCAUUUACCCGACCCAACAGAAAGCUGAAAAUCAUCACUGGAAUCAGAAUCAAUUGAUUUGUGGUUAUUGUCUGAUGUCUGGAGUAGGCGUGACCAUUGCUUUGUUUACAAAAGUUUCAACACAAAUUGAACUAUUAUUUGAAAAAACACAUGUAAACAAGCCCUACUUCUAACAGGAAGGAAGUAGGAAGAGUUAUCCUUCGUUUAAGAACAUAAAAAGUUGGAUUAAUAGCUGCUGGCAACAAGAUAUAAAUGCAUUAAUUAUUUUAUAUCGUGGCUCGGCACAAAUGUGCACAGUCAAAUCGAAGAUAUACCAUGGUUUGGCACGAAAGAGUUAAAGAAGCACACUCAGUGUACAGUUGUCCACUCAGUGUUCCCACAGUUGCACUCAUCAGAGUUGUUGAUCCCUGUUCUUGACCAUUAUUGAAGUCCAACCCACUUCUAAUACUCUUAAAAUAUAGCAUACUGAUCAACCUAGAGAUUUCAAUAUAAUAUAAUAACAACAUGUACUAGAUGAAUGAAAUAUAGGAUUUUUUAAAGCCUGAAAAAUAAUAUUGUUUUGUAAUGGUAUAAAUAAAUAAUUUUAAUUUUGUGUUUUAUAGGCUCGGCUGGUCAUUGCCUGCAUCUCCGCCCCUGUGCUGACAGUCAUAGGUCUAGGCUUCAUAGCCAGGAAGUAUUUUCUGUCAAAACAUCUUAUAUUCCGAACUGUUGGUGCCUCAUCUGAUUUGCAAGCCACUUAUCGAAAUCUACUUUACUUUGAAGAUGGUUUAAAGCUGGAUUUUCAAUUAGGGGUAAUACCAAUAUCUUAACUCGGUGCAGUGCAAUGGUUUUUUUGUUCUUUUUUUUUUUAAUGGUCAUCUCACAUAAUGGGAUACCAUAGAAAGACUAGCUAAUUAAUACCCAUCAUGUUGUAUAUUUAAUUGUUCAGGAAGGAAUGGAAUUUCAUAAUUGUGCUUGAAAAUGUUUUUUUUUUCUUACAAUCAUGAAUGAAGUGAUAAAGGGUUUUAUUGUUCUAACACAGAUAUGUAAUAACAGUUUCGGUCGGGUCACUUAAAAACUUUUUUUUUUUUUUAAAUUGAAAAUUAUAUUUAAAACCUUCAUUUUUUUUACAAAUUUAAACCAUUGUACUAAAAUAAUAAUUUUAUUUAACUAAAUCAAAACUAAAUAUUACUAUUCAAAAAUAUUAAAAAUCUCCUCCCCUUACCUAUCUGGGCCAAUCGCCGGAUUUCUCUAUAGUUGGACCAUACAGAGUUUAACUGACCACGCCCCACACCCUCCCCCACCCCCCCCCCCCCNAUUUAAAAGAAACAAUAGGUGAGCAAUUAAAUGUUUAUCCCCCCCCCCUCCCCCAAUUUAAACUGUCAUAGGUUAAAAAUGGCCUAUUAAUUUACAAAACAGUACUAAUUAUAAUCAGAGUACACCCAAAUUAAAAGUUAAAUUCAUACAUAACAUGGCAUGUCAUCCAUUUAUGUAUGGCAUUAAUUUGUUGAAAUUCUGGUGAUGUCCGCUGUUUAUUAUCUUUGUAUUGUACAUUAGCAAAUGGCACCAGCUAGCAAUCAAGAUAGAACAUAAGCUCUUAAUGCCCUCCCCAAAGCACUACCCCAUCCACCUGAGUAUCGGACUGCGAAGAGAUCUCCCUUUGCCAGGACAUCCCCCAACAGAGGGCACCCCAGCCCAAGGACAUCCGGUCGGACUCGGGAUGGUAUUUUUGACAUCUUAAAAUCUCCCCCUUCCCAUUCCGGGGAAGCAUCAGACGCCCUCUAAGAGGGAUUUCUACAGUGAGUUUUUACUGCGCAGCCAUUUGACGAAGCAGCUGGGACGAAAGGGUUGCCUAGGAACAACUUACUUAAAUGCUGUGUAAAUAGAAUCAUUGGGAUUUGUUGCCACUACCCGCAAAUAUGCCUCAUAUUCAUUAAUGGCAACAUGUAACCAUGAUCCCUACCCUGUUUCUUUGUAUUAAGUGGACCUAUUUAUAUAUUUCAUGUAGUGAAUCUUGUCUAUCAGAAAAAUAUUUUAUUUUCUACUUCUCAAGAUUUCUUUGGUUGUCUUGGUGAUGGAUGGGAAAGAAAUAGAAACUCAUGAAAUCAUCAUUUUGAUCCUAGGUGUUUUGGUGAAACUAACGUGGUUUAUACUGGGGCACACUAUGGUAAGUUGUUGUGUGAAACUAACAUGGUUUAUACUGGGGCACACUGUCGUAAGUUAUUGUGUGAAAUGAAACUAACAUGGUUUAUACUGGGGCACACUGUGGUAAGUUGUUGUGUGAAACAACAUGGUUUAUACUGGGGCACACUGUGGUAAGUUGUUGUGUGAAACUAACAUGGUUUAUACUGGGGCACACUGUGGUAAGUUGUUGUGUGAAACUAACAUGGUUUAUACUGGGGCACACUGUGGUAAGUUGUUGUGUGAAACUAACAUGGUUUAUACUGGGGCACACUGUGGUAAGUUGUUGUGUGAAACUAACAUGGUUUAUACUGGGGCACACUGUGGUAAGUUGUUGUGUGAAACUAACAUGGUUUAUACUGGGGCACACUGUGGUAAGUUGUUGUGUGAAACUAACAUGGUUUAUACUGGGGCACACUGUGGUAAGUUGUUGUGUGAAACUAACAUGGUUUAUACUGGGGCACACUGUGGUAAGUUGUUGUGUGAAACUAACAUGGUUUAUUGUAUUUUUAUUGUGUUGUUUUUUGUUUGUUUAAAGUCUGCAGCCAUUCCAGCAAGUUUUUUGAAAAGUAACAUUUGAUUUUCAAUAUAUUUUUGCUGCAGGCUUGACACAAUGUUGGUCUUAAACACUUUAAUCUCAUACUAAACACCCACGUCCACUUCAGUUACACUUUGGACUUCAGCAGUAAAUAGUUGUAGCUUAUAUAUGAAUCCAAAUGUGGUCCAAUGUGAUAAACCAGUUGAACAAAACCUAAACCUCUACUGUACAAAAUUAGAUGUUAAAGAGAUCAAUGCUAAAAUGAUAUAUCUCUAUAUUUUAAUCUGCAUUACAAAACAAACUCUGGAGUGAUAUCGUGUUAACUCUUGAGUUGGAUUGAUCUUGUGUUAAAUUAGACUCAAGAAGUCUAAUUUUUUGCUCUAUGUCUCCUCAGUUGUUUAAUGAACAAAGUAAUUCUCAGCCAUUCUAACAGAAUUUAACUUUUGUAUUUAACAUUUUUUUCAACAAAGUUCAAAUCAGAGGUUACAUGAGCACACAAAUAGCUUGAAGUGACUAAUCCAUGUUGUUGGCCAAGUUCUCACAUGUUUAUUUAUAAUUCCAUCUAUAAGUAAACUAUAUGACACUGUGAAUUACAUUCAAGAAAAUGACUCCCAAAUGAUGUCAUCAAGAUUUGUGGGUAGGUCCACUGAGAAUAUGUUAGUCAAGGAGUGCAGUGGAAUGGCUCCAAUUUGGCUGGUGGUGGAAGGGCUCCUAUUUGGCUGGCUGUGGAAGGGGUCCAUGUUCGAUGGCAGUGGAAGGGGUCCAUGUUGGGUGGCAGUGGAAGGGUUAAACAUAGUUUGAGGGUAAAUUAAUUAUCAAAAAUGGGUGUAAUUUCGUUAGAUUUGUGUAAUUUCACAAUUUGUUUAAAUUUAUGUCAUUCAAUCAAAAACGUAAAAUAUUUUUUCCAAAUGUUACAUAAGAUGUUUCAUUGCGUUUUUAUUGUUGUAUUAUUUUUUUUUCAGUUUUGGCGGGAAUUAAAAGUUGGAGCUUACAUCUUUUGGGCCCUUAGUCCAAUUGAAAUAGGUUAUAUUAUCUUCAAAAUUUAUGAUGUGAGUUUAACAUUUUUAUUCUCAUCCAGUAACAUAUGUAUAGUCAUAGAACCGAAUUAACUGGUUAGAUGUAAGUUCAUGAGAAAGACAUUUGAUUUUUUGGUCUUAAAUUAAAUUUGAAUUUAUUAUUUUUUUCUCCUCUAACACUCAGCAUCAGGGAACAACUAGACAUUGCCCUGCCCCAAUUGCCUUGGCCCGAUUGCCUUAAUAAAAACAUAAAAAAACUGCAGCAAAUUUAUUAGAAAAUUAAAGUUUUAGAGAUAUUAUUAAAUUUGUGUUUUAAAAGGAGUGGAUUGGACUUUAUUUCCCACCACAACCCAGACAGAAAGAAUCAUCAGCUACUUAACACUUACUUUAUAGCCACAUGAUAUAACAUUAGCUACGUAAUGCGUACUUCAUAUCAAAAUGAUUUCUUCUCUUCUUCUAUAUCUUAAGGGCCCACGAUCAAUUUAUUGAUCAUUUUGGCUCCUAUGCAUGUAGAUGGGAUUUGCAAUGUUUCUGUUACUGGUGGUGAUUUAACAUUAGCUACGUAACGCUUACUUCAUAUCCACAUGAUAUAACAUCAGCUGGGCAACCAUUCUAAUGUCUUUACAUCCUUCCUAAAUGGAUUAAUCACAAAUUUUAAAUGUUAUUUUAUUUAUUUUUUUGCACUUAUCAGAAUUUUUUUUUAAAGAUUUCAGGUGAUGAAAUUAUUUUAGAUAAUUAAUCAGUCAAAUAGGUUAAUUAAGCCAGUGUGUCAGACUUAACAUUCAACAUUAUGCUUCAUGUGUCAGACUAACAUCAACAUUAUGCUUCUUCUAACCAUAUUUGAUUUUUCAAAUAAACAUUCUGAUUCAUAUUACCUAGGUCACAUUGUACUUCAGUGACGCCAAGGGCCUGGCCACUGCCACUAUAGUGUGCAUCAUUGGUGCCAUCAUAGCCAGAGUCCUGGUGAUCAUUGGGUCUGCUUUUGUUUACAAAGGUUUUGGGAAAGGACUGAAGGAGAAAUGUGAGAAAUUCUUUGGUUAAUAUCAUUGUUUAAAACUGUGAACUCACUUCCUGUUACUUAUAUGUCUCAAGCUGUGAACUCACUUCUUGUUACUUAUAUGUCUCCAGCUGUGAAUCACUUCCUGAAAAUUAUAUGUCUCCAGCUGUGUACUCACUUCUUGUUACUUAUAUGUCUCCAGCUGUGAAUCACUUCCUGAAAAUUAUAUGUCUCAAGCUGUCUACUCACUUCCUGUAAUUUAUAUGUCUCAAGCUGUGAACUCACUUCCUGUAACUUAUAUAUCCAAAUUGUUAGUUAUCCUAUAAAUAAAUCAGUUGUCUCAAAUUUAUUUUGAAGCACAAGUUCUCCUGCCUGGUGAACAGAAAUGUAAGAUGACAAGGAACUUGAGUUUUAUCCCUGCUACAAUGUUAGCAUUUGUCCCAGCUGCAAUGUUAGCAUUUGUCCCAGCUGCAAUGUUAGCAUUUUUCCCUGCUGCAAUGUUAGCAUGUAUCUCUUCUGCAAUGGGGCCGUCCAUAAAGUACGUCACGCUAUUUUUGACAAUCUUUAACCCCCACCCUCCCCCUGUCACAAAGUGUCACAAGUCUCGGACCCCCCCUAAAGUAUGUCACACUUUCGAAAAUUAAAAAAAAAAAAUGAAAACCUAAUUAAAAUUUAAUCUAAACACACUUCACUAUUAAACUGUAUUAAAACAUAAAAUUUACACCUAAAAGAAUUAUCACAUUAUUAAAAUUACUUUAAAAGUAGAGUAGUUAAUUGUCAACAGUUGUCACAGUUAUUCAUUGAAGCAGUAACUCAAUCUAGAUUGUAUUUGAAAACAAAAAUUGCAAAAAUUAGACUAGACAAUUAUAUAAUCUAUCGGCAUCCUUCCGUCUCGUGAGACGAUGGUGCAUCACCGUUUGGUUGGGUUGCAUUUUCUCAAGUGGCUGUGCAGUCCUAGCCUUGAGUGACAGUCUUUACCACAGUUUUUACACACGAGUUCCGUGCUUCUAAAAUUAUAUAAUACACAUCAUUUAUCUGCUGCUUUUUCAUUUACAAUAGGUGAGGUCAAGUUUUAGUUAAUCUUCCAAUUAUGCAAUCUUUUUACACAGGAUUAGAAGUAGAUUAGCGAAACUUGUCCUCACCCAGUGAUAAAAUAAUAAAAAGGACAGUGACAUAAUUAUGCAGCGGACAACAUAAUAAUACUUCAGGCAUGACGAAAGCAAGGCUAUACAUAAAACAAGGCUUCGCAACAACAUACUAGCGCUCCUAGCGAGAGGAAUUGUGAACAACACAUUCAGCAGAUACGCAUUUCAUGCUAUUUUGACAUAAAAGUAAUUCAAAUGUUUCACAAAAUGUUUAAAAAUUAUUUUUAAAGCUAUUAAAUUCUACAAAAAAAAUUUUUAAAAUAAAUUAGAAAUGAAAUUUAAAAAAAUUAAUGUGUGACGUCACACAUGGCCUGAACCCCCCCUCCCCCUGUCACAAACUGUCACACUUUCUUACACCCCUCUCCCUCUGGAGCGUGACGUACUUUAUGGACAGCCCCAAUGUUAGCAUUUGUCCCUGCUGCAAUGUUAGCAUUUAUCUCUUCUGUAAUGUUAUCAUUUAUCUCUUCUGCAAUGUUAGCAUUUGUCCCUGCUGCAAUGUUAGCAUUUGUCCCUGCUGAAAUGUUAGCAUUUAUCACUCCUGCAAUGUUAGCAUUUGUCCCAGCUGCAAUGUUAGCAUUUGGAUAAAAUCCUGCAGGUCAAUCAUGCUUAAAUGUUGAGGAAGAUCUGCUUUAAAGGAGUCUUUGUAUUCGUUUCAAACAAAAGGAGGGCUGGUGGGCAAUGACAGGGCAUAUUUAUAAAGUUAACCACUGUUAUUGUUUGUCAUAAGUUAACCACUGUUAUUGUUUGUCAUAAGUUAACCACUGUUAUUGUUUGUCAUAAGUUAACCAUUGUUAUUGUUUGUCAUAAGUUAACCACUGUUAUUGUUUGUCAUAGGUUAACCACUGUUAUAGUUUGUUAUAAGUUAACCACUGUUAUUGUUUUUCAUAAGUUAACCACUGUUAUUGUUUUUCAUAAGUUAACCACUGUUAUUGUUUGUCAUAAGUUAACCACUGUUUUGUUUGUGAUUUGUAAUACAAAUAUUAUAAUAUUUAACUUAUUGUUAAAUAAAUUAAAUUUAAAGUCCUAAAUAUACUCUGCAAUUGAAAGAAAAAAACGGGGAUAUUAAUAAUUUUAGUCAUUCCGGCAUGGGUCAGAAAAGGUUGGGAACACUGCAGUUACCAAUUAUUUGAUUCCCUUGUUCUUCCAGUAAAGAAAGAAACAAAUGAAUCUACCAUUGAAGCAUCUAAUGUCAAUUCAAGUGCAUAAAGACUUGCAAGCAGAUGACAGUUCAUUUCAACCAAGGCUUAUCAACCUAAGAAUAAAGAUACACUUGAAAGUAACAGCUGACCGAAGAUUAUGCAAGCAUCUAUUGAUUAACGAUUUAGCAAUUAUUUUCAAGAACAAAGUCCUUACAUUGUUUUUCAAUGGAGUAAAUUACCUGAGUUUUUAUGUACCUGUACUCCUAAUUCUUGUUCUUCUUCUUUAUUUUAAGGGCCCACGAUCAAUGAAUUGAUCAUUCUGGCUCCUAUGUUUCAGAGGGGUUUGCGAUGUCACUGUCCAUGGGUUUCAAUGGGAUACUUCACUGGUUGCAAGGGCGACUCAGCAGUGGUGUUAUGAACUGGGGGUUGGAAUACAGGAGGCAGUAGACACAAAUGUGUCUAGUGUAGCCGCCUCAACUGUUGCUUUUGGAAGCUUGUUCCAGUCCCCGAUUGUCUUCGGCAGGAAUGAUUUAGUUUUUUGUUGAUUUUUUAUGUAGUUUCUGACAUGUCCACUAGUAUUAUGGUGUACUGCCUUAUAAUAGAAGCAGAGAGAAGAAGAGAGAGAGAGAGUGACUUGCUUUGAACUGCCCCAUUUAAUUCAGUCAAUACAUUACAUAUAUAUAUGGCAUUGGAAAAAUAUUUUUCUUUGUUAUAAGUUACAGUAUUUUUUGACCAUUUUAUAUUUCAUGUUUAUACCAAAUACUUAUUUUACACCAUAUACCUGUUUUACACCAUAUACUUCUUUUAAAUAUUUUGCAUUUUAUUUAUUUUCAAUUUAAGGUAAAUUUUGUACACAUUGUGUGAGUAUUAAAAUUAUUACUUUUAUUUAUUGUUAGAAAUUUUUUAACCCAUUUUUAUUUUACUGGUGUGUUAAAGGGGUUUGCAAAUAUAAUAAGCAUUGGGGGCUGCUAACUUUAUCAACAUUUGGGCAGUGUGUAAAAUAUUUUUCGACCUGCCACAGUAAACAUUCCAUCUUCUAGAGAUAAUGGUGUCACUUCUGUGUUAUUGUCAUUUCCUCUAGUUAGUUGUGGCAUAUAGACUUGCUGCCGAUGACAACACAUUCUUUAAAAUUUUCAGCCCCAAUCCCAAAUUCCAAAAAUCAGUUUUUCCUGCUAUUCAACAAAAAUUCCUGCUAAGUAUGCUGAAUAAGAUUCUUUUAAAAAGAAAAUCACACGUUUGGUGCGCAAUAUUUUCUUUUGUUUUUCUCAAAUUGUUGGUGAAAUAAAAAAAAUGUUUAGUUUGCAUCCGGUUGGGGGGGGGGGGGGCCUCUAAUUUGUAUUCUUACUAAGUGCGUUGCUUGUAUUAGUGGUAUGCAUGUUUUGUCACAUUUCAAUCCCCAAGUUUGGUGCGCAAUAUUUUCUUUUGUUUUUCUCAAAUUGUUGGUGAAAUAAAAAAAAUGUUUAGUUUGCAUCCGGUUGGGGGGGGGGGGAGCCUCUAAUUUGUAUUCUUACUAAGUGCGUUGCUUGUAUUAGUAGUAUGCAUGUUUUGUCACAUUUCAAUCCCCAAUCCCCAUUCCUGACUGUCGCAUUUUAUAAAGGAUUAGAUAGCAAAACCAUUUUUCAAGGCUAGUAUUUCCUGAUACAAAAAAAUGUCAAGUAUUUUCAUUGAAGUAUUCUUAAUCAUUUUUAUACAAUGUUUUAAGUUAAUAUUUGUAUGGCUUAAAUUCACCUUUCUUAAAACUGCACUGUGUAUCCUUCCAUGGAAACAUUUGUAAAAUUGUACAGCAAUGCUUUUACUUUUAUAAAACUAAAUUGUUUUACUAGUCAUUACAACACUAGUGUAUUCAAAUAAUGCUUCAGAAGAACAAGUCAUAGGGUUCCUCGGAUUAACAGCUUUAAGUUUAUCACUGCUGACUUUCCAUUAUGUAAUAUAGGGUCUUUGAUAACCUUGACCUUUACAGUUUUCUUAUGUGUGCAACAUCAUUACCUUUUCGUGCACAUACAAGGGAAAGUAAAAAUCCAGUUGUUGCCCUUACAUUCCUCCAAACAUUCCCCAAAUGAUUAUAUAUGUACUCUGUUGGCAAUCAGGGCCAAUAAAUCAACAUGUAGUAUGGCAAUGUAAAAAUAAGUACUUAAGUUCUACUGAGAGUUGUUGGUCACACAAAAAAAACAGAUCUUGGCGGCUUGAUUGGAUUGGCAAGUUCAAGUUAGAUGCAUUAAAGAUUUUUAUUUCCGGUAUUAUGAAAUUAUAAAAUAUUUACAACGUUGAAAUAUCUGAAAAAAAGUAAGACUAUAUUGAAUGUUGCAUACAGUAAAGAUCAGUGAUGGUCGUCUCUAUUUUAAACUGCUAUUUUGUUUUAUGCUGCUGGAAGCAAAAUAUUUUAUACAUAAAUUUCUAAUACUUUAUUAUUAUGGCUGCCUUAUCUUGAAUAAAAUAUUCCUCUAC